AUGUCACAAUCCUCACGACAUACUGCGAUGCUUUCCUUCAGCAACAGCGGGUCAAAUCUAUCUGGCGUCGGAGAAAAGCAACAGACUUCACAACAGAUCCAGACCGUCCCGCCAACGACCCCCGGAUUACGUGUCCCCUCGAACCGCAAGACUAUCUACGACCGGCACCUGAACCGGAGUCGCAAUGCAGAACUCAGCCGGGCGAGCUUUGCAUUCCUAUUCGCAGAGAUGGUUAUCUAUGCCCAGAGACGGGUAACAGGUAUACAGGAUUUAGAGAAACGUCUGAAUGAACAAGGGUACCCACUGGGUCUCCGUCUCCUUGAUCUUCUCUUCUAUCGUACUAUGUCCAGUUCUACCUCUUCAUCGCUGUCCAGCUCGUCGACUUCCGCCUCGCCUCCCAAUAGGCCUCUCCGCGUUCUUCCCCUGCUGCAUUUGAUCCACGGCCCCCUCUGGCGACUCCUAUUCAAUCGGUCCGCCGAUGCCCUCGAACAUUCGGUGUCCCCUGACACUCCUAAUGAAUACAUGAUCACGGACAACGACCCGCUCGUCAACACCUAUAUCAGUGUUCCCAAGGAGAUGAACAUGCUCAAUUGUGCCGCCUUUGUGGCUGGGAUUAUUGAGGGCGUUUGUGACGGGUGUGGUUUCGAGGCCAAGGUUACGGCCCACAAUCAACCGACAGAAAUGUGGCCUAGUAGAACAAUCUUCCUUCUACGCUUUGGCGAGAUCGUCAUGGAGAGAGAAAAGGUGCUGGAAAGAGCCGGUGUGAAAUAA